AUGUCGGAGAUGUUAGACGGUGCAAUUCGGCGAGUUGUUGUCAUCGGAAACGGCUUCGCCGGCGCUGAGAAUCAGAGCAUUGGAUUGGUUCGUGCUCUCGGUCUCUCCAAUCGUCUCUCUUUAUACCGUGUGACGAGGCCACAAGGAGGAAUCAAUAGGUGGUUUAAAUGGCUUCCAGUUUCAAUCCAUAAAAAACUAGACUCCGUAAUGCGAAGAAUCUGUGGCAAUUCACGGUUUCAAUCAUUGAAUUCCAACAUUGUUAUAUCUAAUGUAUUAGAAGCUGAUGCUCAUAGCAUUGCGAUGAUGGCGCGUGAAACGUUUUACAAAGAUGGUCCUUUGUUGGUGGUUGCGUCUGGACGAGACACCAUUUCUGUUGCCACUUCCAUUAAACGGUUAGCUUCAGAAAAUGUUUUUCUUGUUCAGAUACAACAUCCAAGAUUUCUCCUGAAUAGGUUUGAUCUUGUGAUUACUCCUCGCCAUGAUUAUUACCCCCUCACUCCUCAUGCCCAACAGCAAAUACCUUGGUUUCUUCGGAGGUGGGUCACUCCAUGGGAACCUCCUGGCCGCAAUGUGGUUCUUACUGUGGGGGCACUUCAUCAAGCUGAUUCGGCUGCUCUUAGGGUUGCUGCAUCUGCUUGGCAUAAUGAGUUAGCUAAUUUGCCAAAGCCCUUGCUCGUGGUUAACAUCGGGGGACCUACAGGCAAUUGUCCCUAUGGCGUGGAUCUUGCAAAGAAUUUAGUGGUUAUGCUUCAGAAUGUUCUAUGGAGCUGUGGGACAAUCAGAAUAUCUUUCUCUAGAAGAACUCCUGAGAAGAUCUCCAAAAUUUUGCUCAAAGAAUUUUCCACAAAUCCUAAGGUUCAAAUAUGGGAUGGUGAAGGUCCAAAUCCACAUAUGGGACAUCUGGCCUGGGCCGAUGCCUUUGUUAUCACAGCUGAUUCAGUUAGUAUGUUGAGUGAGGCCUGCAGUACUGGGAAGCCUGUAUAUGUAAUCGGAGCAGAACUGUGUACAUGGAAGUUUGCUGAUUUCCAAAACUCUUUGCAGAAGCAAGGAGUUGCUCGGCCGUUCACUGGGAUGGAAAAUAUAACUGAAAGCUGGUGUUACCCUCCACUGAAUGACACAGCAGAAGCUGCUACUCAAGUGAUUGCUGCCCUUGCUCAGCGGGGAUGGACAAUUCGUGCACAAUGA